UUUCUGUUUCUACUCUUCAUCAGCAUCAUCUUCGUUUUUGUCAUCACCAUUUUCAUCCUCUUCAUCAAGAGGAUUAUUUCUAUCCUUGCUAUCGUGUUUGUUACUAUUUGGAAAUUUUUUGGGUUGAUUCUUCCCGUUGUCAGAAUUUGGACUUGUCCUAUCAGGAUAAUUGUUCAGUUAUUUGUACUGUUCCUUGUAUCCACAUCGCAUGGCGAAAUCGACAACCCUGGAGGAAAUUCCCAAAAUGCUGACACCGGAAAGAAUACAACAGGAGUAAAUAAGACAACUGAAGCAGCUAAGGACAAUUCCUCAAUUAUUUAUUUGACCUCAAGUCCCAAUUUGAAUUCGAAUUCAACUAACUUUACUGCACAUGAUGCAGUUGGUGUAACCAGCACAUUAGAAGAAAUAGAUAGCAAUAAAAACUCUACUGUAAUCAGUCCAGGAGAUAACAAAAUGGCCAACAUUUCAUCUAUGCAACCAACUGAUCAUGCUAUGGAAAUUGCUGCAGCUAAUUUUAAAAAUUUUAGCCAAAUAUCAACCAACCUAGAUCACGAUAAAGAAUCAUUUUUCAACAAUAAUGCGCCAACUAAUGGCAAAAAUAAUACAGAUAAAAUUGAAUCUGCAAGCUACAACUCUACAAAUGAUAAUACAACGUCUAGCAACAACACAGCAAAGCACUCAGUAGUGUUGGGACCUUACGUCAAUGAAGACGGAGACGUUAUGGAAAUCAAGAAUUUUCACGCAAAUGCACAUCGUCAAUACAAGAAAUCAAGAAAUUCAAAGAAGCAUACAUUUGGUAAAUCCAGUACCGGUGCUCCAGCGGUUGGUAGGGACGUUGUUAAAAUCCAGCAGGAGUUAAGUGAUAAUUCUGAAGAAUUCAACAAGGCACAUGGGCUGCAAAAAAAACACGAGACAAAAGUCGAGUAUAACAUACUGGAAGACGGAGGAAUGCAGAAGAAACAUGUAACUCAUCUUACGUACAACAUUGUUGAACCCAAUGCUCAUAAAAGAAUGCUAAAGAAAAGAGAAAGGGGGACGACGAGCACCGCAUCUGUUGCUCGUGGACGAAUGCCAUUUAACCAGAUGUCGGAGCUGAAAACAAGAACAGUGCUACAAGAGAAAGCAAAACAGAACUCGCAAAUACCACUGCAACAUAAUAAAAUUGACCAUAAAAAACGUGCUGGUACAAACGUCCGAAAGUCGAACACAGCCCAACAACUUAAGGGUACCAAAAUGAAUAAAUCAUCGAAUCGGCUAUCAACUGCUGCCAAGAAAGUUAAGGAAAGCAAGAAGGUGAUGAUUCAAAGAAAAAAUGCACAACUGACAAAUAAACGAACAAAAUCACUUUCAAUAAACAAGAAAAAACAGGAAAAGCAAGGUCGCAAACAGCUUCACAAAGAUAAAGGCGACCAUAAAUGGCACGUGCCUUAAAUGACAGUUACAAAAUUAACUGUUUUGUAUAAUUAACUUUGCACAUAACUGCUAAUUAAACAACGCAACAUUCAUGAGAGCAAGAUUUCAGCGAAGCGCUGGUUUGCACAGAUCCACUGAAGAAAAGAACACAUUAAUUUUCUUUACACAAAAUUGAAAAUAGAUUGAAGCUGUCUGCUUAUUUAGAGAAAGGAUCUUGUCAUUUUUUAAAUCUUACCUUUAAAAGUUGCUGGUAUGAAUGAUAAUCAGGGUAACUAAGUAUUCAUGGUAAUAUGUUCAAAAGAAACUAUCAAACUAUAGGUGCAAACAUAUUUACAUUAUCACAUACCUUCAACUCUUAAAACAGCACCUCAUUUUUCCUAAUACUUGAUGUCCAGCGUUAAUCAGCCUAAUUAUCGAAACUUCCAAUUCGAAAAUCUUAAGAAACGAUCGAGAUCUAUUCUAUUACAUCGACGGAUGGAGAUCUAUUCUUUAUUAUUCAUCAUUCAACAUAAUGAGCUAAACUUUAAGAUUUACAUCUCAAAAAAAACAAAAAAGAUUAUUCCAAAUAAUAAAAAAAUUUCAUAGACUCAUUUUUUAAGCUCUUUCAAAUCCAGACAACUUUUUUGUUACAGAAGGUAGCUAAGCU